UCAAAAUUCUCUCUUUUAAUCAAGAAAAAUGGCAAGCAAUGGAGCAGUGCAGAGGGCAAGCACCACCAUAAGAUCAGCCUCCACAGUUGAUUCCGGCAAGCCGAUAUCUUCAACAACAGGAACAAACUGGAACGAGUUCAAGUUUACAGAUUUCAAACUGGUAUGUCCCUUCAACUUCCCUUCAAGCCCAGAAGCAGCUGCUUUAAGAAUCAUCAGAAACCUGAAUCAUUUUGCUCUAUAUUACACUCAUUUUGUUUGGAUCAUACUGUUCAUCAGCCUAAUUCCCAAGAGAAAGUUGUCUCUGAUAUUGCUGGUGAUCAUGACAUAUGUGGGAUCUUUGUUCUUGUUACUGUUACGUGCAGUGCCAAGUUGUAGUAUUGUUCAUAGGAUUUUGGACAAACGAGUGGUGCUUUGUGUGAUUGUUGUUGCGACCAUGGUUGAGCUUGUCUUGACCCAUGCUGGUGUUCAUCUUCUUGCGUCGUUGGCGGGUUCUUUGCCGGUGGUUUUGGUUCAUGCUAUUUUGUGGGUUAGGGAAGAUUUCUCCGUUGAAGAGAAGAGCUCUGGUGGCGGUCCUGCUUCAGGGGAGAUGAUUCCUCUUGUGCAGGAGUCACCGGCUAUGGUGUGACGUUUUUUUUUUUUUUUUUUUUUCCAAAAAAAUAUUAAAUAAAUUCAAUAGUUAUUAUCUUUUGCUCAU